AGCUGCAGUGACAUGUAAAUAGCCGGUGCUUGUUCUUGCAACUCACAUCAUUUAGAGCAACUCAGAUUCAGACAAUGCGCAGUUUUAAUACUGUUGUCUUCGGAAUGCUAGCAGCUAGCUUAUUGUUGUUUUUGCAUUAAUGAAUUAUCUUUCUGAGAUAGCAUACAGCCCGUUUGGUUAGUUAGCUCGCUAGCUAGCAAAGCACCUGCUUGAGCCCUCCAGCUGCUGGCAUUGUUUCAUCUGCUAACCUGGAUAUCACGGUCCGGCGUGUCUAUAUCUGUGAGAUAUAAUGGAGUUUCCUUUUAGUAUCAACCAGUUAUUUCCUGAGAGGGUCUCCAUCUUGGACCAGACCCUUGUUGCAGGACGUAAAACAACAGGAGCGCCCCAUCUUCAGGCAAACAUAGAAACAGUUAUUGAUGAGCUUGGGAGAGCCUCAGCAAAGGCCCAGCAGCUCCCAGCCUCUAUAACCAGUGCUUCCAAGCUGCAGUCCCAGAGGCACCAGCUCUACCUGCUGAAGGACGGAGAGAGCAAUGGAGGCCGUGGUGUUGUCGUGGGGUUUCUCAAGGUCGGCUACAAAAAGUUAUUUCUACUUGACCAUCAGGGUUCACACGUGGAGGCAGAGCCACUGUGUAUUCUGGAUUUCUACAUAGCAGAGAACCUGCAGCGAUAUGGCCACGGCAGGGAGCUCUUUGAUUUCAUGCUGCAGCACAAGAAGUUAGAGCCCGUCCUGAUGGCUUACGACAGGCCGUCGCCCAAGUUCCUGUCAUUCCUGGCAAAGCAUUACUGCCUGACACCCAGUGUCCCUCAGGCCAAUAACUUUGUGGUGUUUGAGGGCUUCUUCGUCAACAGAUCAGGCUCACCCUCCUCUCCUCUGCCGGAUCAGGGGAUGUUCAGCUUUUUUGGCCCAGCUGAGAAAGGUUCCCCUAAAAAAGCCGGACGGAGAGAUCAAGCCCUACUCUUUAAUGGAGAGAGAAGUGGUACAUCAGGAGCAGCGGGCUCGUCCGUGGCCAUUUGCUCCGCCUCACUCCCCGCUGCGGUCGGUAUCCUCCCAGUGCUCCCACUCCCUGAGCGUGGGGUCCUCCCCCAGCAGGGCCCGCCCACAGGCCGCACCAGUUUCUGCCCUUGGGCGCAACAGGGACCAGAGCCCACAGUCCCCCCUCAUCGAGCGAUGCAGGGAAAGACGCAGCAGCCAGCAGGGCGGGGGGGCCACAUGCAGCCUAUACAGGGGGACCCUGGACAGCAGAGCAUCUCGACUGCUGGACAGACCUUCCCCAGGUCCAAGCCUCUCUCACUGCCUCCUCUGUUCGCAUCCAAGAAGCACCUCACCUCCUCCGUCUACAGAGAGACUCAGCUGGGUGGAGGUGCUGCAGCCCAGGGUGCUGAGGAGGAGCUCCGGGUGUGGGACAGUCGGCAGCGUGCACCACAAGGCAUGUUGUUCAACCAGAGACGCUUGUUGGAGCAGGAGAGCCGGGCGGGAUGGUGGUGCUCUGCAGGAGAGAGCUGCUACAGCGCACAGUGGGUGAAGCAGAAGCAGGAGCACAGGAGCACCCGGCCCUGGUGAACACCAGGUGGGCACGCUCUCAUAAGAGGGAUUAUUGACUUACUCUGUAGUAAUUUACCCAACGUGCCAUGGGCCAAAUAUGGACGUGUUACUACAAAAGCCAUGGGACAGGACCAUCCAAAAUGAUUUGGAAGUGUUUAAAGUGAUAACAGAGCAGCAGUGUUGAAGGGGAAUAAGAAGCAGUUACCGUAGUGAGGUCAUUAAGGUUAUCCAAUCACAUUCCCAGCAUUCUUAGCAGCACCAGGCUCAGCUGUACUCUCCAGGGGCCAGAUUAAUAAUUAUGUGGGUUAACCUCUAAAACUGUGUACGCACAAAGACAGAAACAUGCUUCAAAAAAGGUUCAUAUUGCUUCUGCUAAGAAAUAUAGUCCAUUCCAUUUCGUAGAAACGGCUGAACGGCACCUUCAGCAGAAUAACUUUAAAUGACGGCAGCACUGAUCAAGGUUUACUGUAACUUUCCAAGGUGUUCACAUUUUAUUUUCCAUUAACACUGUAGAGCCCACCAUGAUCCUGUUAGUGUUUCCUUCCUGUCUGUCUUCU